GCCCACUCUAACAUCGAGUGGGCCUGUAGCGAGACGGGCGCGCCGUACGCUGGAUUUUCACGCUCUACGCAACGAAACACGCAACUUAUUUUGUGUUUUAUCUCACUUGUGUUUAUGGUUGACGAUUUUUUACUUAAAAUAAGGAAUAAUAGACGAAUAUUUGAAUUAUUUGUGAAAGUGUGUUCGAAGUGGUUUUUGUAAAUGUUUAUUUAAAAUGCAUAUAAAGAAGAAAAAUCACACGUCCAUAACGGAAAAGCCGAACAGAAAACGGAGGAGAUCUCGUGAAAAACCUGGAAGACCGGCUAGAGAAAAAGAAAAUGUAUUUAUGAUAUUACCUCAAAACGACCCUAGUAAGUUUGACGUGACAUUUAUUAUUGGUAAAUGUGAAACUUUAUCAUGCGAGGAGGAACAGGCGUGUGUUCAGAGACAAAGGAACAACGUAACAGCGCAUUACUGUUUGUGCACUUCCAACGGCGAGGAAGCCAAAAAAGGAGUUAAAUGUCCGCGUAGCACUGUGCCAUUGAAUCAACGUCAAGCUAUCCACAAUUUAAUACCACCAAAACCAUCAAACGCAACGAAACUCCGACACCCGCCGCCCACGGCUCAAGAACCAAAUUCAUUUGUUGGGAAUGAAAUUUACGCUGAAGCCACGGUUGGAAGCGAGACGGCAAUAUUAGAUUCCAGUUCAUAUACGAGUGCCAGUGCCCCACUCCUUGUCAGUAUGAUUACAGGAUGUGGCCUGCUCCUAGUUUUAGUCUCAGUAUUAGCAUUCUUCCUCAGAAAACGUAUAUGUAACGUCGAAAGGAAAGUAAAACCGCGUGUACGGCCAGGGGAACCUCUGCUAGCUGAACGGUAUAUAACGAACCCGCAGUACGGCGUGUGCGGUGCAGGCAACGUGGCCCCCAGCGCGGUUCCAGGGACGCCGGCUCCUUUUCCUUCCAACAAAGUGAACCAUCCUGAGGUCACCGUCUUGGAUAGAAGCACACUGGCAUUCCUAGAAGAAGUUGGGGAAGGCUGCUUCGGCAAAGUUUAUAAAGGAGCUCUAAGACUCAACAAUGGUGAGAAAGAAGUAGCUAUCAAAGUUCUCAAGGAAAGUGCUGGUCGAAGUGCUGAAGAAGACUUUGUGAGUGAAGUUUCCAUUAUGUCAGCAUUUCGGCAUCCAAACAUUUUAACGCUCAUUGGAGUUGUCUAUAAAGAUGAAUCGAAUAUAAGCCCAUGGAUGGUUUUUGAAUACAUGGAGUGGGGUGAUUUAGCUGGUGUCUUACGAGGCUCCCGAUGUGGUGGGCGAGCCGGACCAAACCUUGAUGAGGCAGCCUUACUUCAGGUCGCUCUACAAGUAGCAAGAGGGAUGCAAUAUUUGGCUUCAAGACGCUUCGUGCAUAGAGACCUAGCUGCAAGAAAUUGUUUGGUCGGUACCAACUUAGCCGUCAAAAUUGCAGACUUCGGUAUGUCUCGAGAUGUUUACACUUGCGACUACUAUAAAAUGGGGGGAGAAAGGCCAAUGCCAGUGAGAUGGAUGUCACCGGAAAGCAUUGUUUACGCUAGAUUCACUCAUGAAUCCGAUGUGUGGUCCUAUGGUGUCGUACUUUGGGAAAUUUACACUCGUGGAAAACAACCGUUUUAUGGUUGUAAUAAUGAAGGAGCUACCAAGAAGAUCUUAAAAGGCAUCCUUUUAAUACCACCUGACGAUUGUCCAUACUUCGCAGGUGAGUUGAUGCGAGCAUGUUGGGCGAUUGAUCCUCGGGAUCGAAUAGGGUUUGAUGAAAUAUGCUCAAAAUUGGAAGCUGCUCAAGCAGCAGAGGGUACUUCUACAAAAAUACGUCUACCUCGACCACCUGCAGCGCCAUUAGACUCAGGUGGUUAUUUGGUUCCUAUUACACCUCCACCGGCGGAUUAUUUAAAACCGUUGCCAGAUUCCGAUUAUAGUGAUGAUGAGGAUGAAGACUCAGAAGAUUGAACCGUCAGCAUUUACAAAGUAUCUGCCAUAAUUUUGACUGCCAGUAACUCGACUGUCUUCACAUUCCUAGAGAAAAACAUUUAAACGAAUGUAGAUUCUGUUAAAAGUGAAAUUACUAAAUAUUUUAUGAUUUUUAUAAAUUGAAAUAUGAAGUCACCACCGGAACCACCAUCACAGCCCACCAAGCGGCUCGAUAUCAAUAAAUAAUACUCAAAACUAUUAGCGAAAUUUUUCAUUACAUCUUGAUCGUCUUCUAAAAACAAUAUAGUGUGUAUCAAUGAAAAAAGGCGUCUGCUGCAAUUAUCAUUAAUUGUUAAUAAUUAAUACAUAUUGUGCCAUAUAUAAACCAAAAAGAUGUGUGAUAAAUUAUUUGAUGUAUUAUAUUUAUAAUGUUAAAUCUAAUUUAAGUACUUAUUUUAGUCACGUAUUUUUCUAUUCUCUCUGAUAUUUUAAAUAAAACUAUAACAUUUUAAAUUAUAUACAAAUGUUCUAUGUAGAAAAAACUUUAUUUUUUUUAAAUAAUACCCGAUUUGGAUAGAUGGUAUUGUGAGCAAAGUAUGAAAUUAUAAAAAAUCGUUGUCUUACUGUUGUAUUCCUGUGUGUAGUAUUAUUUUUAUGAAUACCUAUUCGUUGUAAGUGACUUGUUUUAUCGAAUAAGCAGUGUUAGUUCAAAUGUAAUAUAAAUAAUUAUGGAAAUAUUUUCGAAUAGAAAUAGGAAAUAAGAACUCGAUUUGUUACUUUGUUGUAUUUGCAAGUUACUUUUCUCUGAAAAAUUUACGGGAAUGUAAAGCAAGUGUUCAUCGUCAUAUUAUUUCUUUAAUUGUAUUAAAUAAAUUAUUUUUAUUAGUGUAAUAUAUGAAUGUGUAUACUUAAUAGCUUUCUAUAGAUAUAAAUUUCCUUAUAAAUGUAUAAAAUAAAAAUAUACGUAUAAUUACAG